ACUGAGAUCAAUAGAUUGAUAUUGCCGAAAUAUUCAUGGGCGUUUUUCUAUAAAAAAUACAACAACUCAACUUUUGAACCCACGCAAUAAAAAAUAAAGUAAAUAACUUCAAAUAAGAUUUCAAUUUAUUAUUUAAAAACUGCAUGAAGAUUUUGAUUUUAUUUAUAAUUCUAAAAGUGAAUAAAAAAGAUUGAUAAUUAUUUUAAAAAUGUACGCAUUUAAGCCGCAUGUGUUUACUGAACAUUCACCGAUUAGUAUUGCGAAACCUGAGGGAAGAUUGAUAUCAAGCAUACGGUGUGAUGAUAAAAAUUUAUAUACUUACAAUGGAAUUAUUCUAACUUCUAGUGGAAGAAUCAAUUCUCGUGAUCUCUGGGUGUACAAUUUGGCCGGGCAGCAGUGGAGAUCAAUGAGAAACGAGCAUUUUUUACCAUGUACACAUGAGUUAAUUAUCGGUACCAUUUAUGAAUCAAAUUAUUUGGUUAUCUGCACAAUACAAGUACCGUUCAAUGACGAGCAGUCAAGUCAGAAAUGUCUAUUACACAUUUGCGAUUUAAAUACCGAAAGUGUAGUUGUUCAAGAGACAAGUGGACAAAUUCCAGAUUCUUUAUAUCCACGUAAUUUAAUACGACAUGGAAAAUAUUAUUAUACUGUCGGAAUCACAAGAAAUAAUGAAGGCUUUUCCGAUGUGUAUAAAUUAAAUACGGAAAAUAAUGUAUGGGAAAUAGUUUAUAUCUGUCGAGGACUUGAUGCUAAUGAACCAUAUCGUAGAUCAGGUCAUACUUUAGUUUAUAGUAACAACAUGAUUUAUAUAUUUGGUGGUGGACGUGAUGAUGAUCCCGUAUUGGACGCAUAUUGUUUGAAAGAAAUAUGGGCGUUUGAUUUGGAAAAAUGCUGCUGGAAAAAAAAAGACACUCAUGGUGAUGAAAAUCACACACCGCAAUAUCCGAGUAAUAGAGAAGGAUUCGGUAUAACGAGUUAUACUGAUCCAGAUUCUGGUGAAAUCAAUGUAAUAAUAUCUGGAGGAACAGGUUUCGAUUAUGAAUAUUGUGAUGAAGAUGGUUGGCAAGGAUACUACCUAAAUAACAUGGUUGUGUUCAAUGAUGUCUGGAGAUUGAAUCUCACAAGUUUAAAAUGGACGUGUCUCGAGAGAUUUGGUACUGUCUUACCUUCUCACGUUGAGGAUCAUUCAAUGACCGUUUCUCCUGCUGGAAAAUUAUUCACAUUCGGUGGAUUUAUUUUCGGAAAUGAUAUGAGACACGGAACUUGUCCUUCUACUUUACACUCAACUUGGCUCAGGAUUCCCAAUCUCACAGACAUGUGCUGGGAAGCUGUUUUCCAUUACUAUCCAGAUUUGAAAUCAAUGACUGACAAAGAAAUCAUUUCCCUGGGCAUUCCACCGAAAUUACUCAAGUCUCGUAUCAACUAAUAAAGUAUCUAUGAAUAAAUACUAUGUAUCCAUUUAAAUAUUUAUGACACACUAACUUGAAAUUGUAAUGGUCAUAAAUUUAUUUGGAAUAACAUUGAUUACUCUCCAGUCCAUCAAUUGCUGAUCAACCCUAGUAGCUAUCUUAGUCAUGAUCUUGGAACCAUAGUAUCCCUGAUUAAACAACUGAAUUCGAUCGAAUAAAACAGAAUGAAAUUUUUAAUUCUAUUUAAUUCAGAUAAAUUCUGUUAAUUCGGUAGCUAACUUAAAAAUGAAUUCUGUCUAAUUCGGCAGGAAAACCAGAAUUUGUCCAAAUUACAACGAAUUUAAAUAAUUCUAUUCGAUUUAAUUCUGAUUAAUUCGAAAAUAAUUCUCCAAUUUCUGGUUCUGAAUCCGAAUUAAAGUGAAUUAAAACGAAUUUGAAAUUUUUAAAUCGGUUUUAUUUUGUUUAAUUCAAAUUCAAAUUUUCAAUUCAGUUGAAUUCUGUUUUGCGGAACUCGACAGAAUAUAACAGAAUUAAAAUUUUUAAUUCGGUCGAAUUCAGUUGUUUACCCUGAUUAAAAAAGUGAAUUGAAAAGUAUUGAAAAUUAUUUCAAUUCUUUUCAAUCCCUCGGCGGUUUUGGAAAGUAUUGAAUGGAAUUGAAAUUUUGAUCGUCUGAAUACUUUCCAAUUCCAAAGUAGAAUUCGAAAGUAUUGAAAAGAAUUCAAUCUUUCAUCAUUUCAAUACCAUCCAAUAUGGAAUUAUUUUGGUAUUGAGAAGGAUUCAGAAAGAUUCAAAAAUUUCAAUUCAUUUCAAUCUUUUUCAAUCCCACACUUGAUCCGAAAUGUCGGAUUAUUUAGGUAUUGAGAAGGAUUCAGAAAGAUUAAAAAUAUCAAUUCAUUUGAAUCUUUUUCAAUUCCUCGGAAGUUCAGAAAUUCUUUUAUUAUUUUGGGAUUGAAAAGUAUUCAUUUUAUGUCAAAAUGAAAACCUUGGGGUAUAGAAAGUAUUCGAAAGGAUUCAUUUCUCAUCUUUUUCAAUACUUUUCAAUUCACUUUUUUAAUCAGGGUAAUCAGGGAUAUAUAGAUAUAAUAUUUCGCUGUGUUCUCCUUGACUUGCUCAAAAUUUGAUCCAAAAUCAAUCAAUAUUGCCACAAGGGAAUUGUUUCAGAGUAAAGUGCGACUUUUUUUUAUAUUCAAAAAUUUUUUCUAUUAAUUCGUAAGAUAAUUAAUCCAAUAGUUUAAUCAUUUUUUAAGUUUACGGUUAUUUUUUUACAAUAAAAAAUGUCACUAAAAAAUUUUCUGUCAUUGUUUUUAUUCUCUAAUAAUUUACGUCACUAAGUAGACAGUUUAUUUUUAAUUAAUAUUAAAAAUUGUAUUUUUUUUUAUUAUUUAUUUUACGAAUAUUAAAACAACCCAUCAUACUCCGACAAUAAACGUCGGUAGACAUCUAGGAAAACGGAAUGUUGGUGAUGACAAUUCCGUCCAAUAAACUUCUGUCUCAAUGACACCUACUCACCUAUGGAUACACAUCCUAGUACUUAUGAAUUCAAGUUAAAAAAUUGAAGCAGUGAGAUAAAUAAAUAAUUUAUUGAUUUCAAAAAUUGAUUUUCUAGUUUACGCUGAUAAUCCGCCGAGAUUUGAUUUACUGAGGUCGCUGCCGUCGAGAUAUUAAUGUGCGUCUGAUAUAUAAAGUUGAACGAGUUAACUUUGUAACUGAUACAUCAAAAAAUAACGCAAGUUACUGCAAAUGAUAUUUUAAUUUAUCAAUAUAAAUUGCAUGAGUAUUUUAAUUUUAUUUAUUAUUUUUAAAAUUCACAAAAAAGUUGUAUAAUUAUUUAAAAAAUGUACGCAUUUAAGCCGUACGUUUUUACUGAACAUUCACUGAAUAGUAUUGCGAAACCUGAAGGAAGAAUGAAAUCCAAAAUACGAUGUGAUGGUAAAAAUUUAUAUAUUUACAGCGGUGAAGAUCCAACUGUUGUGACACAUCGAGAUGAAUCGGGCAAUGUUUUAUUCGUUUCACCAAAACCAGAAUUUCGUGAUAUCUGGGUGUACAAUCUAGCUAAACAACAAUGGAGAUUAAUGACAAUUGACAGUAAUUUACCAGAUAUCAACGACUUCAUUGUUGGUACUAUUUUUGAAUCAAAUUUAUUAUUUAUUUGCACAAUACGAAGACCUUUUAAUCGCGAGCUAUCAAGCCGCAAAUGUCGAUUACAUAUUUGUGAUUUAAAUACCGAAAGUAUACUUGUCCAGGGGACAAGUGGUCACAUUCCAUGUCCUCCAUUUGCAGUUAAUUUGAUUCGUCAUGAAAAAUAUUUUUAUAUUGUCGGAAUCGAAGAAGUUUAUGGAUACUUUUCCGAUGUAUAUAAAUUAAACAUGGAAAAUGGUGUAUGGGAAGUUGAUUAUAUCAGUCAAAGACAUAACGACCAUAUACGAGGUGCCAGAAUGAACCCUACUUUAGUUUAUGGUAACAACAUGAUUUAUAAAUUUGAUGGUGAUAGUAGUGAUUUCGAACUUGAUGAAUUUUAUUUAGAGGAAAUUUCGGCGUUUGAUUUAGAAAAGCGCUGCUGGAAAAUAGUAAACACUCUUGGUGAUGAAAAUCACAUGCCGCAUUAUCCAACUGAAAGAAGAAAUUUCGGGUUGACGAGUUACACUGAUCCAGAUUCUGGUGAAGUAAAUGUUAUAAUAUCUGGAGGAAAAGAUUAUGAAUAUAGAGAUACCUUGGAUGAUGUCUGGAGAUUGAAUCUCACAAGUUUAAAAUGGUCGUGUCUCCAGAGAUUUGGUACUGUCUUACCUCAUCACGUCGAAAAUCAUUCAAUGACCGUUUCUCCUGCUGGGAAAUUAUUCACAUUUGGUGGACAUAUUUCAAUUAAUAUGGAAGAUGGAACUUGUUCUUCUACUUUACACUCAACUUGGCUCAGGAUUCCCAAACUUGAAGACAUUUGUUGGGAAGCUGUUUUCCAUUACUAUCCGGACUUGAAAUCAAUGACUGACAAAGAAAUCAUUUCCCUCGGCCUUCCAUUGCAGUUACUCAAGUCGCGUAUUAAUUAAUGGAAUAUUUAUAAGUAAAUUUACUUUAUUUAUUUUUUUAUUUAUAAUACUAGCGCUUAAAAUUUUAAUGGUCAUAAAUUUAUUUUAAUUCAAAUUUAUUACUCUCCAGUUGACCUAUUGCUGAUAAAUCUUUUAAGAAUACAGUACAGUAAUUUAUUUGUUUUUAUUUUAUAAUAUAUAAUUUUUCUAUCGAAUACGAAAUCAAGCCAUUUUACCCCGACUAUAAACAUCUACCCUGGCGGUUUUGAAUCACCCUGCAAAUAGCCUGGAAACACCCUAGGAGUGGAAACACAGUGGAAUCACGGUGGAUCCAGGGUGGUUACACGGUGGGUUUGUGCCAUUUUAUCACCCUGAUUCCAUGGUGGUUACACGAUGUUUUCACGAUGGUUACACGGUGUACCCACCAUGAUUCCACGGUGUAUUCACCGAGAUUUCACGGUGUAUCCGCGGUGUACGUGGAAUCACGGUAGGUACAGCGUGUAACCACCGUGGAAUCAGUGUGGCUACACCGUGUAACCACCGUGGAAUCACGGUGAUAAAAUGAAAAAAACCCACCGUGUAAUCACCGUGGAUCCACCGUGAUUCCAGGGUGUUUCAAGGGUGAUUCAAAACGUCAGGGUAGGUAAACGGAAUGUUGGUAAUGACAAUUUUGUCCAAUAAACUGUUAGUCUCAAUGACAGCUAUCGUCUAUGGGUAUUCAAGUACUGAUUAAUUGAAGCAUUGACAUAUUAAUGAAUAAUUUAUCGAUUUACUUAUUAAAAAUUUUUAAUAACUCAGCUGUCAAAAUUUUAUCGAUUAGUGAAAAAAAAGUUGAAGAAUUAAUUGAAAAGAGGACAAUUGUCGCUGGGAAUUCGAAUUUUCAAAGUUUGUGCGCUAAAAUUUAUUUGAUAAAUUUCGUUCAACUCCUAAUUAAUAAUAACUAGUAAUUUUUUUUUAAUUUUAUAUCAUUAAGAAAUUGCAUGAUACUGAAGUUAGCAGACGUCUAAUAAUUUUUGAAUUUUUUUUCAGACGAUAGACCACAAAAAAAAAGUAUUUUAAUAAAUUGCACCUGUAGUUUUCAAAAUUUUCUACAUGUGCAUAAUUUCAUUAUAUUUUUUUGCAAUUGAUUUUUUGUAAAAAAAAAAUUCAAAAAUUUUCAAAUGUCUGCUAACUUCAGGAUUAUGAAAUUGUAACUACUUUUUUUCCAAUUAAGGUUUAAAUUUUUUGAUUAAUUAAUAAAAUUUGAAUCCGAUUAUGACAGUUGAGUAAUUGAAAAUUUUUAAACAGUGGGGGCACUGUCUGAGAAUGUCCUUAAUAAUUUGAUUUGUAGCUUAUCAGCGGAUUUAUUUAACUGAGAUCGAUGUUAUCGAGAUGUUUCAUAUAAAAAGAAUAAAAACAAGUUGAAUUGAUGCAUGAGAACUUUAAUUCUAUUUAUUAUUUCAAAAAUUCAUUAAAAAGUUUUAUAAUUAUUUUAAAAAUGUACGUAUUUAAGCCGCAUGUUUUCACUGAACUUUUGCCAAAGGGUAUUGCGAAACCUACAGGAAGAAUGAACUCGAUUAUACGAUGUGAUGGUAGAAAUUUAUAUAUUUUCAAUGGCGAGGAUCCAACUGUUGCGGAUUUUAUAGAACUGUCAGAUGAAUUUCGUGAUUUCUGGGUGUACAAUUUAGCUGAAGCACAAUGGAGAUUAAUGAAGAAUGAAAGUAAUUUACCAGAUUAUAAUGAUUUAAUUUUUGGUACGAUUUGUGAAUCAAAUUAUUUAUUUAUUUGCAUAAUACAAACUCCUUUUAAUAAUAAACUGUCAAGUCGCAAAUGCCGAUUACAUAUUUGCGAUUUAAAUACCGAAAGUAUACUUGUCCAGGCAACAAGUGGACAAAUUCCAUAUCCUACCUUUUCAAUUAAUUUAAUUCGCCAUGGAAAAUAUUUUUAUACGGUUGGAAUCAAAAGAGAUAAUGGAAAAUUUUCCGAUGUAUAUAAAUUAAAUAUGGAAAAUGGUGUAUGGGAAAUUGUCUAUACCUGUCGAGGACUUGAUACUAAUGAACCAGUUGGUAGAUCAGGUCAUACUUUAGUUUAUGGGAACAAUAUGAUUUAUAUAUUUGGUGGAGUUAUAGAUGGCCCCGGACUUGAUACGUUUUCUUUUGUCAAAAUUUCGGCGUUUGAUUUAGAAAACUGCUGCUGGAAAAUAGUAGAGACUCAUGGUGAUAAGAAUUACAUACCACACUACCCAACUGAAAGAGAAGACUUCGGGGUGACGAGUUACACUGACCCAGAUUCAGAUGAAAUGAAUGUGAUAGUAUCUGGAGGAACAGUUGAUCAUAAUGAUGCCUUCAAUGAUGUCUGGAGUUUGAAUCUCUCAAGUUUGAAGUGGACGUGUCUUGAGAAAUAUGGUACCGUCUUACCUUGCUAUGUUGAUAGUCACUCAAUGACCAUUUCUCCAGCUGGAAAAUUAUUCACAUUCGGUGGAUAUAUUUUCAAUAAUGAUAUGGAACAAGGAACUUGUUCUUCUACUUUACACUCAACUUGGCUCAGGAUUCCUAAACUCACGGACAUUUGUUGGGAAGCUGUUUUCCAUUACUAUCCAGAUUUGAAAUCAAUGACUGACAAAGAAAUCAUUUCCCUGGGCAUUCCACCGCAAUUACUCAAGUCGCGUAUUAAUUAAUAAAAUAUUUAUAAGUAAAUUUACUGUAUUUAUUUUUUUAUUUAUACUAGCGCUUAAAAUUGUAAUGGUCAUAAAUUUAUUUUGAUUCAAAUUUAUUACUCUCCAGUUGACCUAUUGCUGAUAAAUCUUUUAAGAAUACAGUACAGAUUUUUUUAUAUCAAAAAAUUGUUUCUAUAAACAUUUAAGAUAAAUAAUUCAAUAUUUGAAUUAUUUUUAAAGUUUGCUGUUAUUUUUGUAUAAUAAAAAA